AUGCUGCAUCUACCAGCUAUCAGACAUGGUUUCCUGGCUGACAACAGCCUCGUCUACCGUCCUCUUCUCAGUUGCAGGGCGCCUAUAUUUUUUUCUCAUCUCCAUCCCCUGGCCACCGUAAGCAAACCUUGGCAUCGUACAAAUCUUUCUAAUUUAUCGGUUUCGCUACUCCAAUACGCCGCUAUAAUUGCCAAAAACUCGCUUGAUGUACUUCCACCGGUUGAUCGUACCGUGUCAGUUAAUUACUUUUUUUCUUCUCACUCCUGCGUUACAGAUUAUGUGGGCUUCAUCAAACGCAUGCUGAAACAACUCCAAAGUGACCACUAUCCCAGCCUUCGCCGUGUCGACCUGGACAUUAUACCCCUGGAGCCAAGUUCCCAGGAGGCCUUUGUUCCCGUCCUCCUGGUUACUGUUUCUAGUUUUUCUGCUUCGAGUCUUGUUAUUUCACAUGUUCCUGCCCACACACCAGCCCACACUCUAUGCGUCACUUAA